AUGGUUGUUAGUGAGGAGUUUCUAAGAAAGUUACCAAAGUGUGAACAUCAUUUACAUAUUGAAGGUACUUUGGAACCAGAUUUAUUGUUCCCAUUAGCUGAAAGAAAUGGUGUCAAAUUACCUGAUACUUUCCCACAGACCGUGCAAGAGUUGAAUGAAAAAUAUAAGUCAUUCGCCGAUUUGCAAGAUUUCUUGAACUAUUACUACAUUGGUACCAACGUAUUAAUUACUGAAGAAGAUUUUUUCCAGUUGACCUGGGAAUACUUUAAGAAGAUUUCUAAACAAUCUGUAGUCCACACUGAAAUAUUCUACGACCCACAAUCUCACACCGAUAGAGGUAUCAAGCUUGCCACAGUGACAAAUGGUAUCAAGAGAGCUUGUGAAAAGGCAGAAAAGGAAUUUGGUAUUACUUCCAAGAUUAUCAUGUGUUUGUUAAGGCACAUCGAACCAGCCAAAUGUCUAGAAACCAUCGAGGAAGCUAAGGACUUCUUGGUCGAUGGUACCAUCACCGGUUUAGGCUUAGAUUCUGCUGAAAAGCCCUUUCCACCACAUCUUUUCGUUGAAUGUUACGAAAGAGCUAGAGAGAUUAACAAAGAUUUGAAAUUAACGGCACAUGCAGGUGAGGAAGGUAGUGCUAAAUAUGUCAGUGAUAGUUUGGAUCUUCUACAAACCACUAGAGUCGAUCAUGGUGUUAACUCUAUCCAGGAUGGGGAAUUGAUGAAAAGAUUAGCAGAUGAGCAAAUUAUGCUCACCGUCUGUCCACUAUCAAACGUCAAAUUACAAGUUGUUUCUGAUGUUAAAGAAUUACCAUUACAAAAACUUAUCGAUAAUAAUGUUCCUUUCUCAUUAAACUCGGAUGAUCCGGCUUACUUCGGUGGUUAUAUCUUAGAUAACUACUUACAGGUAGCAAAGAGUUUCCCUCAUUGGGAUUACAACGUUUGGUCACGUAUCGCUAAGAACGCAAUCAACGGUUCUUGGUGUGACGAAAAGAGAAAGUUUGAGCUUUUAGAAAGAGUUGACUCUGUUGUUCAGGAAUUCUCAAAGUGA